CCAUGAACCAAAAUUGUGGGGACGCGUGAUGUCAUCACAUCGACUGCCGGUUCCUAUUGCUGAGUAUCAGCACCUGCGCGCUGCGCCUCCAACAACUGAACAAAGACACUCGAUCGAAAUCGAACAAAGCAGAAUAGCCUCUCCGCUUCUGGCCUUUCACUUCAUGGUAUCCGCAACAAAUCAAUCUCUGCACCAGCAAAAUGAGGAUUUGCAGAUCUUUCCCUUUACGAACUUUCAUCCAACAAUACACUCUCAAGAAUAUAUGUGCCAUAAAUCAAGGUCUGUCCCCUGCAUUUCUAUGUUCAACCUCUAUUUCUGAUACUUCACUAGAAAGGACCUACCAACCUUCGAUCACCCUCGAAGACAACGAAAAGGACACUGUAGAACUCGUAAAGAAAGCAGCCUCAGAUUCUCAGUGGCAUUUGAUCGAACAAGUUUCCUCAAAACUCACUCCAUCCUUGAUUUAUAAUAUCCUCUUUAACCUCCGAGGAUCGCCAGAUGCUGUUCUAGCGUUCAUAGAAAAAUUGGGUAUUAAUCGCCUCGAUCUCCAAUGCGUUUGCCUCGCUGUAGGUAUAAGCUCUCGCAAUCCAUCUUCACAACCCGCUCUGCAGCUCAUGAAGCGAGCCGUUGAUGGUGGCAUUGCGACACACUGGGAGAUCUUUGAUGAGUUAUUGCUCGUUCACGAGCGGUUGAACUUAUCAAGUUCAGUUGUUUUUGAUUUGCUGAUGAGGGCUUUUUCUGGAUUGAAGAGACCGGGCGAGGCUUUUGAGUGUUUUUACAUGAUGAAGGAUCGGGGGAUUCUUCCGAAGAUUGAAACUUGCAAUGAUCUACUGAGUUUGCUUUUAAAACUGAAUCAAAAUGAGACGGCUUGGGUUUUGUAUGCUGAAAUGUUCAGGUUGAGGAUUCAUUCGACUGUUGUCACGUUCAACAUAAUGAUUAAUGUGUUGUGUAAAGAAGGGAAGUUGAAGAAAGCGAAGGCUUUUAUGGGAAACAUGGAGGGAUUGGGCUUUAAACCUAAUGCAGUGACUUACAACACGAUCAUCAAUGGGUAUAUUUCAAGAGGAAAACUCGAAGGCGCCUAUGAAGUCUUUGAGGCCAUGAAACGGAAAGGCAUCAAUCCAGAUUCUUACACAUAUAGCUCGCUGAUAUGUGGGUUGUGCAAGGAAGGACGACUCGAUGAAGCAUCAGAACUGUUUGGAAAAAUGACUGAGAAAAAGUUGGUUCCUACUGCUAUUACUUACAACACGUUGAUUGAUGGAUACUGCAAUAAGGGGAAUUUGGUUAUGGCCUUCAAGUAUAGGGAUGAGAUGGUCAACAAAGGCAUAGAGCCAAUAGUCUCCACGUUCAAUAUGCUCAUUCAUGCAUUGUUUAUGGAUGGUAGGACAGCAGAAGCAGAUGCUUUGAUCAAGGAAAUGGUGGCAAAGGACAUAGCUCCUGAUUCUAUAACUUAUCAUAUAUUGAUCAAUGGGUACUGUAGGGAAGGGAAUGUGAAGAAGGCCUUUGACCUCCAUGCGGAGAUGUUGAGUAAAGGUAUCCAUCCUACAUCUAAGACUUACACAUCCCUUAUCUAUGUGCUGAGCAGGCACCGUAGAAUGACCGAUGCAGAUAAGUUAUUUGAGCAUGCAGUGGGCAAAGGGUUGUCCCCUGAUAACAUAAUGUUCAAUGCCUUGAUUGAUGGCCACUGUGUGAAUGGGAAUAUGGAGCGUGCUUUUAUGCUUUUAAAGGAGAUGGAUAGGAAAAAGGUUCCGCCCGAUGAGGUGACAUACAAUACAUUGAUGCAAGGGUUCUGUAGGGAGGGAAAAGUUGAUGAAGCUCGUGGGCUUCUUGAUGAAAUGAAGAAAAGGGGGAUCAAACCUGAUCAUAUCAGUUAUAAUACACUCAUUAGUGGGUACAGUAGAAAAGGUGAUAUGAAGGAUGCUUUUAAAGUUCGCGAUGAGAUGUUGAGUAAAGGUUUCAAUCCCACCCUUCUCACUUAUAAUGCUCUUAUUCAAGGGCUAUGCAAAAACAAGGAGGGAGAUCAUGCUGAAGAGCUGCUCAAGGAAAUGAUAAGUAGAGGCAUUACUCCAGAUGAUAGCACUUACUUUUCUUUGAUUGAGGGGCUUGGUGAAUGUAAAAACUUGGAUGAGAGUAAUUGCACAUAGUCGAUUGACAACCAGAAAGGUUUCAACAAACAAGAUGCAGGUGCCAAAUCAUUGUUGCUCAAGUUUGGAAGGUCAGUUGUUUUUAGUGGGUCUCAUAAUUGAUAUUCUUCUAUUGCUUUCAGGAUCAAUUGAAGACUUCUUUAAGGUUGGAAGUUGCAGGGGCAGAGCAAAAGGGCCAGGAUAAUUUGGAGAAUGAGGCUACCAUCAGCUCCUACAAUUAAAUCCACCCUUGUUAUUGCAGCUUGUGUGUGCAAGUAUUCUCACCACAAUAGUUGCAUUGAUUCAAUAGAUCAUAAAAUUCUAUUGUGGAUUUGUUAGAGCUCUGUGGAGCAAGAUGUUGGGCAUUUUUGGAAGCAAAGCCAUUACUUCAACUCUUAGUAGACAUUACGUAACCAUGCAAGAAGGAUAUAAUCAUGAGAACUAAGAAUAUCACCAACAACCAUGCCCCUAAGGACCCAUUAGUGGGUUUUCAUUAAGAAGUUAACCCCCUAAUUGUUUCCUGCUGGAUAUGCUUCAAAGUUAAAUUGUAAACUUAUUCAUGUUUAGAUGAGAUUAUGACCAUACUCAACUUCCUCUAUCUUUCUUUUGCUAUAGCACUAACUUUAAACCUGUUAGUUAUUCAAUCAGACCUGAUUUACUUCCUGAAAUAAAAAGGAAAAUAGUGAGGAAGAAGGGAGAAAGAAGAAGGAGAAGAAGAGAGGAGAGAAAUAGAGGAGAAGAUGAAGAGAUGGUUCGACUGUCCUUAGAAGAGAAAAAUCAGUCUCCCAGCCGACCAAAACAAUAUCCAUUCUACAUAAAGCACACCACACCAAAGAAGCUAAAAUUCUCACCAGGUCCCGCUACCAAUGUCAAGGCUGUGAGAAGUGAUGAAGAAUGUUAUUCAAGGGGAUGAUGAUACGUGGAGUCAUGGUAACUGAUUUUCUUGGGGGCUUGCUUCAUGUUAUUCAAGCCAUGUUAAGCCAACCUUGCAUUUUCACUUGAUAUUACCAGGUUAAGUCUCGUAUACUAUAAGGAGUAUUCUCUUCCAUGCAUCUCACGUUACUGAGUAUAACAAUGGGUGCACCCAUUUAUUAUAGGGUGUUGGGAGCCACAACUAAUCAGUUUUAAGUGGUGGAAGAGUUCUGCAAAUACUUGUCCUUCUAGUAGGCUUCUUUACAAUGGCUGUACUACCAUUUUUUUUCCUUUUAUUUAGGACAGUAAUUUUGUAUGCAAAUUAAAUUCUGCUACAACUUAAAGUAAGUUUGCAAACAGGUUGAUAAUAAACUGGAUGAUCUAAAGCUAACUAUCGAGUCCACAAACAAGUCGUUGCAAGAGCUUCAUCUAUCCCAGUGUCUGAUCUUCAAGUAAGCUUUUCGAGGAAUAGUAGGCCUUAGUUGAUUACUUGCCGAGUUCCCCAUGCGCGUUUUUCCCAAGUGUGGACUGAUGGUAACCAUAUAGAUAAUGUUUAUGCCAGCUAUGGCAGUUUGAUUCUUAGUUUUGAACUUUUGAUGAUCUUUUUCUGAGAAGCAAAAACUGUCUGAUCACCCAUGCUCAAGAUUAUUUUCUGAAGCGUUUGCUGUGUGUGCUUCAAGGUCUUCAAACUGCUCAUGGGCCGAGUCUGACUUCCAUGUGCAUCCGUUGUGACGGUUUGCUUCGUUUUUUUUUAUAAAAUGGAAAAUUAAACAAGACACGGGAGGGUUCUGCCCCUUAAAUCAAUAACUGCCUAGCUCUUAUUCAAGUUCUACAAGGGGUCUCUGCUACUGAUGACAGUAAUAUUUGGUUAGCUACUAGUGUGUUGCUUGGAUCCAUAUUAGCCAGUCAUCAAAGAAUGUGGUUAAUUCUUUAGCUUCUAUGUCCAGUUCCAAGGGGGAAUGAUUUCAGAUCGUGCUAGUUUGGCUUUCAAAUUUGUUGUAUUCUUUGAGUUUUCACACUAAUAUGCAAAACUAUCUUGUUGAUUCCAGUAACGAAUGAUAUAGUAGUUUACCAAAAAAAAAUUAAAUUUUGAUGAAUUCUGUAAUAGGGAAGUUGUUCCAGAUUCUGUUAAUGUAGUAUUCUUGAAGUGGGUUAAGAUUGUUAACCACAUUGACACCAGUG